AUGACGAUGAAUGAGCAAACGCCUCUCUUGAAUAAAACCAACCAAGUCACUUGUUGUUCAACAAAUGGAAAUGCUUGUUGUGCGUCAAGAAGAAAGAGUAGUGGUCGAUUACAAAAGAACGGAUUACCAAUUGCUAAUGACGAAGAUUAUUGCUAUCUAUCAGAACAAAAGUGGCAGUAUAAGCUAAUAGCCUUGCUUUGUGCCAUAUUCUUAGCUGUCGGAAGUCAUUUUGCGGCACACACCCUUGGAGCUAUGAAAAAUACUAUCAAAACAGCAAGUAUCCCCAUCGAUUCGUCCGAAUUUGGGAUCACCAAUUCUCAAUAUGGAGUAGUACAAUCUAGCGUAGCCCUGGUCAAUACAAUACUUCCUGUGAUUGGAGGAAUAUUUGUUGAUGCUUUUGGUACAAUUCCUGGUGCAUUUAUCACAACACUCUUGAUUACUUCCGGAAAUGUACUAGUAGCCCUUUCUACUCACUCUAAAAACUUUUAUCUCAUGGUCUUGGGUCGCAUAUUAUAUGGUGUUGGCAGUGGAACGGUAGUCAUUGUACAAGAAACUAUUUUGAGUCAAUGGUUUAGAGGAAGAAGUCUGGCUGCCGUAGUAGCACUUAUGCUUACUGUUAGUCGCUUGGCUUCAUUUUGUGCUCAAGCUACUGUCAUACCAAUUGCAAACUAUACUGGUUGGUAUGGUUAUGGUUUAUGGUUUUCUGCUUCAUUGUGCAUAUUCUCAAUGAUAGUUACAUUCGUCUACAUAUGCUUAUUAAAGACUGUGUCCAACACAAACGUUCAAUGUCGUAAACAGAUGGAAGUGAUCAAGCGAAAAAAAUCAUUUAGCUGGCAUAAAUUGAUGUAUUUGCCUCACUCCUUUUGGUUAAUUGCUGUUAUGGAAUUCCUCUUGGGUGGUGGCUGGGGUUGCUUCUUACAUAUAAACAGCGAAUAUGUCAAAAUGAAGUUUUCUUACGACAAUGCUCGUGCUGCUGCAACUGCAAGUGUUGCUCAAGUAUUACCUAUCUUUUUAAUGCCAUUCUUAGGCGUAUGCAUCGAUCGUCACGGAAAACGCACUUGGAUGAUGAUUGGCAGCGGUUUAUCUAUGCUGAUAUCCUUACUCAUACUCGAAUUCACGCCUACUCCUCCUUUGCUAGGCAUGCUUCUAUUCAGUGUAAGUCUGUCACUUGGACCUGUCGGCCUAGUGUCAUCCGUUCCUGUUAUCCUGCCGUUUUCGUUGAUCGGCACUGGUAUGGGCUUGAUCAAGUCUGGAACAAAUAUUGGUGCUGCCAUUUUCGAUAUCACUACUGGUCUGCUACAGGAUGCUGAUGCCAAUAAGGGAUAUGAUGGCGUCAUGCUAUUUUUCAUCACCAUUGCAGCCCUUGCUACCGCCGCUGCAAUUACGCUUUGUAUCUUGGAUUACUCAAUCUAUCAUGGCAUUCUCGACAUGUCUGCCCGAGAGGCUCAUAAGAGUGAUGAAAACAAGAUGAGCACUCGUAUCUUAUCUCAAAGACCACUGAAAGCAAACUAUGUCUAUGGCUCUGCUUAUGCUUUGCUUGCUUGUCUAAGUUGGGUCUUGUUCUUUAGAUUUAUCAUGUAG